AUGGUCUACAAAAUGGUUAUGUACGUUGACGGCGGUUGUAGAGGCAAUGGCUACCCGGGCGCCUAUGGUGCCUGCGCAUGCUUUGUCGUGAGAAGAUGGGGCCAGAACGAAACCUUCGCGCGACGUCUACCAGAGUCGAUGCGUCCAGUACCUACAAACCAACGAGCGGAGCUUUAUGCCAUCAUUAUCGCCCUCAAGCAUGCUAUCAAAGAACGAGGAUUCCUGGACGGCAACCCUUACAUGGAGGUCACCAUACACACAGACUCCAAGUAUGCGCACGGCUGCAUGACCGAUUGGUAUCGCAAGUGGCAGGGAAAUGGUUUCAUCAAUUCUCUUGGGAAUGAGGUUGUGAAUCGUGACUUGAUUGAGAGGGCGCUGGAGCUCCAAAGUGAAAUUUGGGAUUAUGGCAAUGUCACUUGGGAGUGGGUACCAAGGUCUGAUAACACAGUGGCUGAUGAAGCGGCCAACGAUGAGAUGGAUGAAAUGGAGGAAGAAUGGGAAUGA